CCUGCUAGUGUUAGCAAAUCAAAUACCAGAGUUCCUUGAAGAUGGAGAAUGAAAUACAAAGCUUCUUCAAGGUAUGGAUCUCAUCAAUGGCAGCUCUCUGUUACUGUUACUUCCUAGUCUCACGUUUACAUAACCCUCUUCCUAAACUCAUCUCUCUCCUUCCCAUCUUCUACCUUUUCACCAUUCUACCUCUAACCCUAAAUUCCUUCCAUUUCAGCGGUCCCAUGGCCUUUUACCUAACAUGGCUAGGAAACUUCAAAUUACUCCUCUUCGCCUUCAACCAACCUCCCCUGUUUCAUCUCUCUCCUCCAAAUCCCAACAAAUCCCUCGUCCAUUUCAUCUCCGUCGGCCUUCUACCCAUCAAAAUCGGAGGCCCUUUUCAAAGAUCCAAAAACCCAUCAAAGGUUGAAUCAGUUUUUAAGAAAUCAGCUAUUUUAUCAAUCAAGAUUCUUCUUUUCUCAGCUGUAAUCGAAGCAUAUAAAUACAGACCAUAUCUUCAUCCAUAUAUAUUACUCUGUCUCUAUUCCUUACACUUAUACUUCGGCGUUCAGCUGACGUUAGCCCUAACCGCCGCGCCGGCGAAGGCAAUUCUAGGUGCGGAUCUAGAACCGCAAUUCGACCAACCUUAUAAGUCUACAUCUUUACAAGAUUUUUGGGGUAGACGUUGGAAUUUAAUGGUCACCGGAAUUCUCCGGCCGACGGUUUACAUUCCGGUGAGGAGAUUUACCGGGAGGUUUCUUCGGCGGAAAUUGGCGGCGGCGGCGGCGGUUUUGGCGACGUUUUUGGUGUCGGGAUUAAUGCACGAGGUUAUGUAUUAUUAUCUGUCACGUGCGUCGCCUACGUGGGAGGUGACGUGGUUUUUUGUUCUUCAUGGAAUUUGUACGGCGGUGGAGGUGGAGGUUAAGAAGGCGGUUGCGGGGAGGUUGAGGUUGCCGGAGUUUGUGUCGGUGAUGAUGACGUGUCUGUUUUUGGCUGUGACGGGGAAUUGGUUGUUCUUCCCACAGUUAUUGAGAAAUGAUGUUGAUAUAAAGGCUAUUGAUGAAUAUCCUAUUAUGGUUAAUUUUGUUAAGGAUAAAAUUCUGUUUUUAUUUUCUGUAAUUAGUUUUUGAUGUAAUUUUUAGUUUAUU